UUGUGGUAUUGAAAGAUUGAGUCAUUUUUUAUAUAUUACUGUUAGAAACUGAAGACUUUCCUUGAACGUUUCUUUCGUGUUCAGGAUAUAAAUUUGCUAUUUUUCGUUCUCUAUGAUCGUACAUGGAUCAUGUAUUAAACUUAUUCCUUUGCCGCUGUUUGCCGACCAGCUGCUCGAUCGAACAGGCGAGGUCCCAUUUAAAAUUGAAGUGACUAGUUGCUUUUCAAUGAAGCGCAAUGUUGCGAUGGAAUGGUCACGUUGCAACUUCAAAGAGAUCCAGGUGCACAGUGGAUUAAAAACUUGUUUCAUAUAAAAAUGGAGAAUCGACUGAAAACCUGCCAGCAAAUCAAGGAUUUUGAAUAUGACGUCAGCUACGCUCGAGCAAACACACAGAGUUAAUUAUUCACGCUUUGUUUACGUAAGAGGGUUAGCGAAAACGAAAAGCACUCAGAACUUUCAAGUUGUUGUAGACUUGCCAGCGAUUUGUUUUGCUUAUUGCAUUGUGCUCGUGAGCUUGAUAGCAUUGCCUGGGCAGGAAAUAGAUCGAAGACAUCGCUAGCUUCCUGUGGGGAGUUUGAGGAAAUAUGACUAACACAAGAUCGAGAGAGCGUUUCAGUUGCACAGAGUACUUCGAUGCUGCUGUGAAGGACGCGUUUCCGAGAAACAGAUCGACAGUACGUAUACUAGACGCGGGUGCGGGGCGCGGUUCAACCGCGUCCUACUUGCGGUCUCUGGGAUACAAUAACAUUGAUGCCUUAACAGUAUCCAAAGAAAGACUGGACCGUGCAGAGAGAAGCGGACUGUACAGAAAUUUUCUUUUCACUGCAUUAAAAGCGGAAUCCACUUUGUACGCCACAGGUGCGUUUGACGCCGUGAUCUGCGCGGAUGGCGUUUUUCCGGACGAAGUGGAUCCUGAUGCAAUGGACGAGAUGUUGCGCCUUGUUAAACCAGGAGGCAUUGUUUGCUUCACGAUGGACGCUGCUCAAUUCGACGAUGCCCACAACAGCUACAGGUUAAAAUGCGAGGAGCUGGUGGCCAAGGGAAAGUGGAAAUUAGUAUCUCAGGGAAUUACAUCACAGUAUUUUGAACCGGAAAAUGACAGCAACCACAACUUUGGCGAAACUCUCCCUGAUGACAUCUAUGUGUUAGUGUUUGUGGUCAUUGACAACUAAUGAAACAUAGCAUCUACUGAAAGUCAACCUCGAUGGUUACAGCAAAAUGCUAUAGAGAAUUUAGUUUCUUCAAUUCGCCUAUGCGUAGUGAAAACUUUUUCCUUUGCGGAGACCAGUGGAUUUUUAUGCUGGGCUGGCUUCAAAUUUAGAGUAAUGAGGUUUAAAAAUCGCAAGUGCUGGAGCGGCCAAUACUGAUUUAAAAAGUUUCAGUGUGCUGUAGUUCUGAGUCCAAAAGAGACCAAACAUUUUCAGAAAUACCGCGAAAACUUGACAAGAAACCGUAUAGACAUGAAAUAAUGAUAGCAACUAUUUUUGCAGGUAAAAGACGAAGUUAAGCCGAUCUUUUUCCGGAAUACAUCGAAAAUUAAUUAAGCAUCCCUAAGUCGGACGUUUAAGAUAAAAGUUUAAGGUAUAAAAUGGGCUGAAUCGUUUGGACUAUAUUUAGACUGAUAACAAUUUAGUGCUUGAAUGUCAGUGUAAAAAGGUCAACAAACAUUGAGCCGACUUUAAAACUGCUGAGAUAACUAUAUUAUAAAGGGUUUAAUAGUAUGGACAGUCAGUAUAAUUUGUAAUAUAUGGAUUGUAUAUGGCUUUUAUCUAUGAUGUUUAUUUAACAUUGCAAAUCAAUUAAUUUUUAAGAUUGUUUAUGGCGACCGCGUUAGCGGUAAUCUUUGUAACAUAGAGCGGUUUUCAAUGCGAGUGUCGUAAAACCAAAACCACAGUAAUCACUCUAGCCAAUCACAAAGCACACAGGCAAUACAGUGAACCAAUCAAAACUCCAAGAAAUUACGUGUUGCUGGCGCAAAGCGCGGGAAAAGGUGUGCGAGCGAGGCGCGAUUGGUUAGUUUUAGUUUGACUUCUGAUUGGAUGAAAAAGUGGCGCAAAUUUUUUUAAGCCAAACGUGUAUAGUAGUUGGUGCAAAACCAUUUCUUUUCGACACUCCAAUAAUAAUCGCUCUAUUAGAAUAAUUAAGGAAUACAAUGUCUUCGACAUCACAGAGUUCUACAUCGAUGUACUGUACAUAGUUAAUUUUGUCUCAAGUUACUUCUAUUGUAUAAGAGAUGGAUUUUUUUUUUACAUUUAAGUAUUACCAAUGGAAAACUGGUGUAAAAAUAUUUCUUCCUUAUAAUGUACCUGGUACAAUUCUUUUCAGUUUUCUGAAACAAUAAAACUGGAAAAUAA